UUUUUUUUUUUUUUUUUAUAUAAUUUUAUUUUAUUUCUUGUCCAUAUUUUUUUGUUUUUAGUGUCCCCCACAAAGACCAUAGAUGUUCCUUUUCUCCCUUUUGACAUUUUUAAGCCACACGGAGCCCUUUCCCUUCAACCCCUUCAGCCAAGUGAAGGACAAGUAGUAAAAAAAAACAGUUUUUAUCUCAUAUCUCAGUUGCAGUGAGCUUCACACCCCUAACUUAUCAAAAGCCUUUGGAAGUAAUGAACUGAAAUGAGUCAAGACCUGUUUGAGGCCACCAACUUUUCUGUAUCUUAAUUUUUUUUAAAUUAUAGUAAAAAAACGACUUUCUGUUGAUUACUUUUUAGACAGUUUCUUAUAUAUAUCUAUAUAUACAUAUAUAUGUAUGUAUGUUUUAUCCCCACUUUAUAUGACUCUAAGUCCAAAUGUCCUUUGCUUUACCCCGACCUUUUACCAGAGGUCAGCCCCCUCCCCUCCUCUUUCAGGAAGAAAGGCUGGAGUUUUAAAAUUGAAAUCUAUAUUGUCAUUUGUCUUGACAUAUGCAUUUUCAUAUAGUUGAUUUUGGAGGGAAAAUGCUGGCUCGGUCUUUGAAGAAUAUAUGAACUGAUGAGAAGCUAGUUUAUCUUUGCAGUGCAAAAGAUAAGAUGGUUUCUAACCUAACCACUAUACUCCAGUAUUUUAAAGUAUGUAAUGACAAGCUUUUGGUCUUUGCUGUCAGUACAUUUGCCAGUUGCUUUUUUUUCCCCAAAGUGUUAAGCUGUCACUUUAAGACUUGUAUGUAUAUUAAGGGGGGCUAUCUGGUGUGGGUAAAAUCUGGAGAUGUGGAGUUGUCCCACUGGUUACAGGCCAUCUUAUUUCGUGCUAGAGGGGGGAUAAGGAGUGGGGAGGAGCAUCAGGGAGUGACAAGCUCCCCAGCUCUGUCGCUCCACCCCCCGCGCGCUUGCUUAGGAUCGAUGGAGUGUGCGCGCCAAGAGCUGUCUUCCUGACCUUUCAGUUAUUCCCAAUCAGUGCUCAAGCACACCUCAACUGUGCUUCAUGCACACAACCUUUACUUCUUUUGUUACUUUGGCUGACGAUGCAAAUUUUUUACCUUGCUGGUUAUCUUAUCUGAUACCCAGUGUUAAACAAUGUGGGUUUAAGAAGGCUAAAUUUCAAGUGACUUAAAAUGGUCCAAGUGUCAUCAGGCAGACAGCUCACAAUCUGUACUCCACCGCCUGCGUCAGAUGCUGGGUUAGAAAGACAGAAGCACGCGCAGCAACAGCGAUGACUUCUUUAUUUCAGAACUGUGGAGGCUUCUAGAUACAAAUAAUUAAACCACAGACUUUUCUCCCCACCCCAUUGGCCAGGAUUCAAGAAAGCAGGCCAGGAUAAAGAAAAUCAAAGUAUUUAAAUAUUUCAUGGAAAUGAUAAAAGAAUAAAAGAAAACAAUGAUUAAUACUUCUUCCCUUUUCCUUCAAAUAUGUACUAUUAUUCCCAAAGAAAUGGGAUCAGUUCAUUUGGGCAAGAUCAAGCCAGUAACUGCCCUCCCGUAGUUUCUUUUGAAAAUUGAAUUGAUGGACUCUAUUUUACAGAUAAACUGUACAUAUCAAAGCCUUUCUUCCCUCCCAGCUACCCUCAAAGCAUUAUUUUUGUUUUCUUUGAAAUGAAACAUUCAUUGCAUGAAUGAAAACUAAGAAUAGUCUGUUUUUUAUGUUUGAUGUGUUUUGGAAGAACCUGUUUUAUUUCGAUAUUUAAAGAAGAAUGUAUUGUUUGAAAACUUACUAACGAUCUUGUUUUCUGAUUUUGUCUCUUUUGGUUUUUCCACGACUGAUAUUGUUAUUUAGAAGGUUUCAGGUGGGUGACACUAUUCCUGCGUAGGUGCCUGGCGGAAAGGAACACUAGGGCAGCCUCAGUCCUCUCCUCUUCUUCCAGCCAGCUGCGGCCAUCACUCUGACAAAGUCCAAAAAUAUGGCUUGCUACCUGAAAGCCAUUGAGACUCAGCCCAACUUUGCUGUGGCUUGGAGCAACCUGGGCUGUGUGUUCAAUGCCCAGGGAGAGAUAUGGCUGGCCAUACACCAUUUUGAAAAGGCUGUGACUCUGGACCCAAAUUUCCUUGAUGCAUAUAUCAAUUUAGGAAAUGUUUUGAAGGAAGCCCGCAUCUUUGACAGAGCUGUGGCUGGAUACCUGAGAGCCCUGAGUCUCAGUCCCAACCAUGCGGUUGUUCAUGGAAACCUGGCCUGUGUCUACUACGAGCAGGGCCUCAUUGACCUGGCUAUUGACACCUACCGCCGUGCUAUUGAAUUGCAGCCCCACUUCCCUGAUGCCUACUGCAAUUUGGCAAAUGCCCUGAAAGAGAAAGGCAAUGUAUCCGAAGCAGAAGAGUGCUACAACACAGCCUUGCGUCUGUGUCCAACCCAUGCAGACUCCCUCAACAACUUGGCCAAUAUCAAGCGUGAGCAGGGCAACAUUGAGGAGGCCGUUCAGCUCUAUAGAAAAGCCCUAGAGGUUUUCCCAGAAUUUGCAGCAGCUCAUUCAAACCUGGCCAGUGUCCUGCAGCAGCAGGGAAAACUCCAGGAGGCCCUCAUGCACUAUAAGGAGGCCAUCAGAAUCAGUCCCACAUUUGCGGAUGCCUACUCAAAUAUGGGUAAUACACUGAAGGAAAUGCAAGAUGUACAGGGAGCGCUCCAAUGCUACACCCGUGCCAUCCAGAUCAACCCUGCCUUUGCUGAUGCUCACAGCAAUUUGGCCUCUAUCCACAAGGAUUCUGGAAACAUCCCAGAGGCUAUUGCAUCUUACCGCACAGCCUUGAAACUCAAGCCGGACUUCCCCGAUGCGUACUGCAACUUGGCACAUUGCUUACAGAUUGUGUGUGACUGGACAGAUUAUGAUGAGCGGAUGAAGAAGCUUGUGAGCAUUGUGGCUGACCAGCUGGACAAGAACCGCUUGCCUUCAGUGCACCCACACCACAGUAUGCUGUAUCCACUCUCACACGGCUUCCGCAAGGCCAUUGCUGAACGCCAUGGAAACCUUUGCCUGGACAAGGUACACGCACUGAUCAAAAUCAAUGCACUGCACAAACCUGCUUUCGAACAUCCUAAAGAUCUGAAGGCCAGUGGUGGGCGUCUGCGUGUUGGUUAUGUCAGCUCAGACUUCGGCAACCACCCUACUUCCCACCUAAUGCAGUCCAUUCCUGGAAUGCACAAUCCUGAGAAGUUUGAGGUGUUCUGCUACGCACUCAGCCCUGAUGAUAGCACCAACUUCAGAGUGAAAGUGGUAGCAGAGGCUCACCAUUUCACAGACCUCUCACAGAUUCCUUGCAAUGGCAAGGCAGCUGAUCGCAUUCACCAGGAUGGAAUCCACAUUCUGGUCAACAUGAAUGGAUACACCAAGGGAGCCCGAAAUGAGCUGUUUGCCCUCCGCCCUGCCCCUAUUCAGGCUAUGUGGCUAGGUUACCCAGGAACGAGCGGUGCACCCUUCAUGGACUACAUCAUCACUGACAAGGAGACAUCACCUUUGGAAGUAGCUGAGCAGUAUUCUGAGAAACUUGCCUACAUGCCCAAUACUUUCUUCAUUGGAGACCACGCCAACAUGUUCCCUCACCUCAAGAAAAAAGCAGUGAUUGAUUUCAAGUCUAAUGGACACAUCUUUGACAACCGCAUUGUUCUCAAUGGCAUUGAUCUGAAGGCCUUCUUGGACAGUCUGCCAGAUGUCAAAGUGAUAAAGAUGAAGUGCGACAACAACCAGGAAGCUGCUGGGGACACAAAUGGCGCUCUGUCCAUGCCAGUUAUCCCCAUGAACACGGCGGCUGAAGCAAUCAUCAACAUGAUCAACCAAGGCCAAAUCCAGGUCACAAUCAAUGGCUUCACUGUCAGCAACGGCCUGGCCACCACACAGAUCAAUAACAAAGCUGCCACUGGGGAGGAGGUGCCACGCACAAUUGUUGUGACAACCCGCUCCCAGUAUGGUCUCCCAGAGGACUCCAUUGUCUACUGCAAUUUCAACCAGCUCUACAAGAUUGAUCCCCCUACCCUUCAGAUGUGGGCCAACAUCCUAAAACGGGUGCCCAACAGCGUGUUAUGGCUUCUUCGAUUCCCCGCUGUGGGCGAGCCCAACAUCCAGCAGUAUGCUCAGAACAUGGGUCUCCCUGGCUCUCGCAUCAUCUUCUCUCCUGUGGCCCCCAAGGAGGAGCAUGUGAGAAGGGGCCAGCUGGCUGAUGUGUGCCUAGACACCCCUCUGUGCAAUGGUCACACCACAGGCAUGGAUGUUCUCUGGGCUGGAACACCUAUGGUCACCAUGCCAGGUGAGACACUUGCCUCCCGUGUGGCUGCCUCACAGCUCAACUGUCUGGGCUGUCCUGAGUUAAUAGCCCACAGUCGCCAGGACUAUGAGGACAUAGCAGUCAAACUAGGCUCUGACAUGGAAUACCUGAAGAUGGUUAGAGCGCGCGUGUGGAAGCAGCGAAUUUGCAGCCCUCUUUUCAACACCAAGCAGUACACGAUAGAGCUGGAGAGGCUCUAUCUGCAGAUGUGGGAGCACCAUAGCAACGGCAAUAAGCCAGAACACCUGGUCAAAUUCCAGACAGUAGAGACCAGUGAGAAUGCCUGAACUGGAAGCACGCUGACUUUCUUCCCCCAUACAUCCCCAACCAUGUGCAGUCCUCCCCACCAUCCAUCUUUUUUUUAAAAAAAAAACAAACAUUUUCAGCAUCCUAGCUUGAAUGGUCCACUCCAGCCCUCUCCCCUGAAUGAUUGUCUCAACCCCUCUCAUUUACUAUUAACGGAACUCUUAUUUGCAAAGGAGCCUUCAGAUGUACACAUUUGUCCAUCACAUUUUGUCCAUCGCAUUCGUCGUUGCAUCACACAUCUGUGUUUCCUGAGCCAGAUAGAGCCUGAGGCCUUAAGGCACUUUGUCUGAGACUCUUGUCCUAAACCACAGUAUAUUUGGUAAGCAUGAGAAGAUUGUGAAUGCCCCGCUACUCCCUUCAGUACUUGGAUCAGUGGAAUUUUUUUUUUUUUUUGGUCUCCUGUCUGUGUACAUACAGGACUAAUUGCAGCUUGUGGGGAGAAUGCCCAGCCGUCAUUACUUGUUGAUCUAUUUAUAAAUGGAUUAAGGGUGUUGUGUGUUUUAAAAGGACAAUGUUGCACCAUGAAAAUUGUAACUAAUCUAAGUUUCAUCAGCUUUAACAUGCAAUUGUAAAACAUAGAUUUACAAAAGACUGCUCUUUAGUUUGUCUUAAGUUGUUAUUAAAUGACUGCAAUGAGUAGAUGUGCAAGUUUUGAGGAAUACAGUCUAGGUGAAGACUUCUUCCCCUCACCAAAUGCCAACUUUGAUUAAUUUUGCUGUCAAUUAUGGAAUAUGUUCACUAGCUGUUGUCCUGUUUGAUGUCGCACUAUGCUUGUAAAGAUGACUGGACAAAGCUGGACAAAGGAGCUUCAAGUCAUUGGAAAGGGCCUAAAUUUCAGUUUAGCUAUAAGAGCUGUUCACAAAUUGAUCUUGUUUUUUAAUCACUCAAACAAGGAACGGCCUAGGUAAGUAUUUUCUAAGCAGUUUUUGUUUUUGUAUUGUCUGUUAACUGUAUGCUGUCAAUGAUGCCGUAAGGCUCUGAAUAAAAUAAAAAAUAAAGAGAUGGCAAAAAUA